AUGUCCCGGAGGACGCUGGGUGGAGGUCGUGUUUUGGGCUCCGCGAACACUCGAACUCCAGCAGCGACUUUAACGUCUCCCCAACAAAGACCGAAUAUCCUAUCUCCCUCCACGAGUACCCUUUCUCUCAAUUCCCAGACGUCCGCCUCCCAGGUCUCGACCGAAACUCAAGAUCUGACCUCCCGCAUCUCACUCGAGAAUGGAAGCGCGCCCAUACCUGCAGCUCCGGCUGCGGCCGGUGCCCAGUUAUCCUGCCCAAUCUGCAGUGAGGAGAUGGUUACAUUGCUACAGUUAAACAGGCACCUUGACGAUAUCCACCAGAAUCUAGAAGACGACCGACAAGAUGAAGUUAAGGAUUGGUUCAAAACGCAAAUGGAGAAAGCCAAGCGCUUCCAGCCGCUGGCCGUCCUCAACCAGAAGCUCAAGGGCCUGGACGUAUUCGAGUCAAACGAGAACCAGCAAGCCUUAACGGGCGCGAGUCGACCGCCUGGUCCCUCGCAGAACCACCCGCAAACUCUCACACUUGAGCAACAACAACCAAGGCCGCUGGAUCCGGAGGAUAUCAUAACAAAGGAGCAUUGGCAACCUCGCGGAUUUUAUGAUUCUUGUCUAGAGCCAUCGUGUGGAGAACGUUUAAACGCUACCAAUGGGAGUGUGAAUUGUCGGAAAUGCGGGAAGUUAUUUUGCGAGGAGCAUACGAUGUAUCAAAUGAAGCUUUCGAGGUCAGCGCAACAUGAACCCGUUCGGGGGCUGUGGUAUAGGGUUUGCGAGACUUGCUAUAAGUCGCGGGAUGGCUAUAAUGACCAUAACGGCCUGAUAAGGGACCGAAUGCACGAGUUCAAGGCCGUGAGGAAGCCGAAUAUCGACAAGUCUCUGCUUGAAGUCUCGCGGCUAGAAAAGCGUCUGACAAGGCUCACUCAGCUACUAGCUAGUCUCCCUCCGGAGCAGUUGCAGCCGAACAAACUCUGGCCAAUUCCGUUCCAACAUGACGAACGGAAGGCUCUCGAACAAACAGUCAUUAGCUGGCAGGACGAUGCGACGGUUCCAAGGUGUCCAUUCUGUCAGCAGGAUUUCUCAAGCUAUACUUUUCGACGGCAUCACUGCAGAACUUGCGGGCGAGUUGUGUGUGGUGAUGUUUCAACGGGAUGUUCUGUUGAAAUGCCGCUAAGUGUGACUCCAUUAUCGAAGGCCUAUGUGGAGAAGUCAGUCAAGGUAGGCUCGGUACCUAUCGAUGUCAGACUCUGCAAAGAAUGCAAGUCAACGUUAUUUGACAAACGUGACUUUGAUGCGGACCUUGCGCGGAAGCCUGCAGAUGUCAGAGCAUAUGAGAAUCUGAGACAGUUCGAGCGGGGGAUUCGACUUCUCAUGCCUAAGUUCCAGAAACUGCUCACAACUUUGCAAAACCCAAGGCGGCCGCCCUCAGCCGCUCAAUUAGCCGAUGCGGCGAAAGUUCGUAAACGUUUAACGGAUUCUUUUACUCAAUAUGAUACAGCCGCUAGGCGUAUCCGCGACUUACCAACGGACUCUCCAACCCAGCAACGCCUCCAGAAAGCAAUUCACCAGCAAGCGAGCAAUUUUCUACAUCUCCAUAUGCUCCCUCUGAAAACCUUACCUAAAAUCCUGAAACAUACCACACCAAACGGGAAUCAGCCGAUUUCUCCCGGAAGCCCUAGUAAUGUGUCAACUGAGGGCCAUCGGCGACAAAACUCAGCUCUGGUUUCCAUCAGAAAUGGAAACGCUGCGGCUAGCAUUAGCAAUGCCAGCAUAACGAGUGAAGCCAGUAGCGCUGUAUCUGCGCUCGAAGCAGAAGAAAAAGCGCUGCGUGAACGACUGAUCGUGCUAGAAGAACAGAAGUUUUUCGUUUCCGAAAUGAUUGCAGAUGCGAACCGACGACGGAAGUUCGACGAGGUCAGCAGUCUUGCCAUGAAUAUUGAGGAUCUUACCCGAGAAAUAGACCGGGUCAACGGCGUGCUUGACGGUUUGGACUUUGAAGGUGCCUAUAUGGGUGCGCAGCAAACAUAA